AUGUUUGAAUCAUUAGUUGAAAAAUUGCUAAAUAAAUUUUUAGCUCCAUAUGUUGAAGGAAUAGAGCAUAAUUUGCAUUUGGGUGUGUGGUCAGGUAAUAUAGUUUUAGAAAAUUUGAAGUUAAAACCACAAAUAACUGAAAUAUUAGAUUUAUCUUUUAAAGUAAUAUAUGGAAAUAUAGGGAGAAUAAAUAUACAAAUACCAUGGAGUAGUUUAGGAAAAAAUCCAGUUUGUGUUUUAAUUAAAAAUGUGCAUAUUUAUGUAAAACCAAGAUGCUACAAAAAAAGUGAGGAUGUUAUUAUUGAAGAAUUAAGAAAAGCUAAAAUGCAUAGAUUAGAAAUGUUAGAAGAAGAAAUUUCUAUUAUUAAACUACAAAAAAACAAUGAAAAAUCAUCAGAAAAAUCUACUCUUAUAUUUAAACUAUUAAAUAAAAUUAUUAAUAAUAUUCAAAUAGAUAUUCAAGAUAUUUUAAUUCACUUCGAAGAUACAGAAAAAAACUUUUCAAUUGGGUUUAUAUUAAAAUCAUCAUCGGUAAAAAAUUGUCACAGCAAAGAAGAAAAUUCAACACAAACAAAUAGCACUAUUGAAAAUAAAAAAUUAAAUCAUAUUAUUGAAUUUAAAGGGUUAUGCAUUUAUAGUAAUAGCAAUAUAAAAAAGAAAAAAAAAAAAGAGAAAGAAGAAAAAGAAAAGAAAAAAAAAAAAGGGAGCUGUAAAGAUAGUAAUGAAGAAAAAGAACAAAAAAUAGACGAAGUUAAUAAACAUAUGAAAGAAAAUAUAGAAAAUAAAACAUUAAUGAAUAAUGACAAAACAAAUGACAUAAGUGAUAAAAUGGAAAAUUAUAAUUUUUCAUCUAAUUUAAAAAAUAAUUAUUUAAAUACUAAUGAUAUUAAUGAAGAUAAUAACAUCUUUUCUAAAUUAAAAAGUAAUGAACAUAAUAAGGAUGAUUACUUACAUGAUAUGUUAAACUGUUUAAAUAGUUUUUUAAAAUAUGAUGACAAAAUUUUGAAUAAUUACAAUUUUGAAUAUUUGAUUAAACCUUUUGAUUUAGUAUUACCUGUGGAACAAUCUAGUAAUAAAAAAGAAUUAAAAGCAAAAUUAGAAAUAAGCGAGAAGUGGGAAGGAAUAACAUUAACAAAAACGCAAAUUACAAAAAUAAUUGAAAUAAUGAAUGAAGCAAAUAAAUCUAGAAAUCAAACAAAUAAAUUGUUAUUAAAAUAUGCAUGCACUGUUAAAUUAGAUAUAGAAUCAUUAAGAAAUGAAACAAAAAACGAAUUCAUGAAUUUAUAUAAUAAAGUUCUUGGUGAAAAAUAUAAUAUUUCAAAAAUUGAAUUGUCUUCUCAAGAACUUAACAGGUUACAAAUUUUAUAUGAUGUGGUAGGUGUAAGACAUUUGGCCAAAUGGAGAUUGCAGUGUAAAAAUACUCUAGAAAAAAUAAUUGAAGAAAAAAAUUUAAAAAAAAAAUAUUUAUAUGAUUCUAUAUAUAAGCAACAAUCAUGGUGGUCAUGGGUUACAGGUAAUAAGAAAGAAAUAGAGAAUAAAGUUCAAAGUAUUUUAAAAAGUGAACAAGACGUUUUAAAUGAAAAGGAACUAAAUAUUUUACAAGAGGCUGUAACAAAUGAAGAUAAUUAUGAUGUUGUUAUUCCAACUAAAUACGAUUUUGAAUUUAAAGUUGCAAAUUUCUCUAUUAAUGUAUACGAUGAUUAUAAAAAAAAAAAGUAUGCAAAAAAGAAAAAGAAUGAUCAAAAAAUAAAUGAGGUAGAAAGAAAAACAAACAGGAUAUUUAUGAAUAAUGUUUUUGAUUUAAGUAAUAAAAAAAACAAAACUGAUAAUAAUAAUGAUAAUAAUAUUAUUAAAAAUAAUUUUAAUAUAAACGACAUUUUAUCAUAUUCUAGUGAUAAUAUAUUAUUAAGUAGCACAUCAAACUAUACUUUUAGUAGUUCUACAUAUACACAUAAAAAGGAAAUACAAGAAGAAAUUAAUAUAUUAUCAAUUAAUUUUUGUCAAAUUUAUUCUUCAUUAUCUCUUCAAUCAGUUGUUGAUCAUAAUGAUCAUGAUAAUUUUCAAUGGAAGUUUAUAAUUGAAUUACAAAAUUUUGUAGCAAAGCAUAAAAAUAAGGUAUUUAUGGAAUUUAGAAAAAAUAAUAGUUUAUUUCCUUUUAAUAUGAACAACACAAAUAAUGUAUAUAGAAAUUCAAUAUUUUAUUCAUUAAUAUAUAGUCAAAGUUUGUGUGCUUACUUAGAGAUUAAUCAUUUAAUUGCAGAAAAUGGAAACACUUUAUCUACAUUAUUAAGACUGAAUCCAUUGGAACUUUAUUUGUCACCAUUACUUAUUAAAAACCUUUUAUCCUUUGCAUUUCCUCUAAUUGAUAUUAUUAAUAGAAAACCUAAUAGUAUAAUUAAAAGAGGUAAAACUAAAAGCAUACAUUCAUAUGAAUGUAAUAAAACAGAAGAAAAACGCUAUUCCAUCUCUAAUGAAUUAAAUCCUGAAAGUAUGCAAAAUAAAGAGGAAGAGAAAAAUGAGGUUAUAUAUAAUGAUGAAGUUAUUGAAAAAAAUUUAGAAAAAGAAGAUGAAACAGAAAAGAAAGCAGAGAAAGUAACAAAAAAAGAUGAAGAAGAGGAAGAAUAUGAAUAUGAAGAUGAGGAAGAGGAAGAAGUACAUGAAGAAGCAUUGCUCCAUAUAAAAAAAAUGGAACAAUCAGAAUUAAUUGAAGGAUUAAAAGAAAAAGGGGAAAAUGUAUAUAAUAAAGCAGUUCAACAUUUACCUGAAUUAUUUGAAUUUUACAUUCAUAUAUGUGGUCCAAUUUUACAUUUUGAUAACUUAACGAAUGGCAUUGUUGAAUUACAUUUAGGUAAUUUGGUUGCAAAAACAGAAUAUCCAUGCACCUAUAAUAAAUUUAAUUUAAUAUUUGAAUUUAAUGAAACACAAAUUACAUGCCUUAAAACGAAAUCCAUAUAUUUUAAUAAAACACGCAAUUCCAAAAAAGAUGUAGACUUAAAUCGCAAUCAAAAAUUAUUUAAUGAAAUAAAUAUUAAAAAAUUAGACAAUACAUAUUUAGACAUAAAUGAAAAGAAAAUAAUGUCAAAUAAUGACAAUAAUGUAAAUAUAGUUACUAAAGACAGUUAUUCCAAUAAUAUAAAAGAAAAAAUAUUAAAUAGUCAGAAGUUUUACAUAUUACAACCAAUUCCAGUUAAAGUAUAUGUAGAAUACGAUUUAAAAAUUUUAAAAACUAAUAUUAUACUAGAUAGAAUAUUUUUUCAAAUUAAUCCUGAUGCCAUAAGUAUUAUACUAGCUAUUCCAACAUCUAUUACUAGAUAUUUAACAAAAUUUUAUUCAAAAAACAAAAAAGAAAAAGAAUUUUAUAAAAAUAAAAAAAGAAUUUCCGUAGAAAAAAGAAAAAUAACUUCAAAAGAAGAAACUACAUGCUUCAAUGUACAAAGUGAAAUGGGGGAAAAAAAAAAUAAUAACAUUAGUGAUCCUGAAAAAAUAAAUAGAGAAAGUACAAAUAUUAUAGGGACGAAUGGAAAUAUUAAGCAAGAAGAAGAAUCCUUUUUAUAUGAUAUUGAUUUUCUAAUUAAGAAUUCAGGAUUUUCCAUUAAAAAUAAAGAGAAUUGUGAAAUACUAAAAUAUGAAGCUUGUGGAAUAUCAUAUAAAAAUUAUUUACAAAAAAAAAAAAAAAUUGUUAAAAUUGAAAUAGAGCAAUUAUGGAUUUGUGAUCCAAGUAACAAGCAACCAAUUUUUUUUACAUUAGCGAAGGAUAUUUACUCAAAGGAUAUUUUUCUCUUUAGAUCAUUAUCGACAUACUUAGAAGAAAAAAAUAAUAAUAAUAAUAAUGCACAGGAAAAUAAAGAAGAUAUAGAAAAUAUGCAUUUAGAAUAUAAAAAUAAUAAUUCGAAUUGUGCACAAACAAAUGAAGCAGUUAAAAAAGAAGAAUCAUUUACAAUAAAUAUAAAAGAUAAAGAAAAAGAACAUAUAGAGAAAAAUGAUUAUAUUAUUAACAGUCAUAUUGAAGAUAAUAAGAAUUAUGAAAAAAAAAAAAUGAGAGAACAAAAUGAUAAAUUAAUUAAUAUUUAUGAUAAGCAAGAAUUAAAUAAUGAAUUUUUAUAUAAAAAGAAAUUCAGUAAGUGUGAUGAUGAUAAUAAAUGUUUAAAAAAAGAAGAAAAUUGUUAUAAUUAUGAUUAUAGUAACAAUAAUAAUGAUAUAGAAUAUAAAAAUAGUUCAAAUAGUUUAAAUCAUAAAGGUGAUAAAGAGGAAGAGGAAGAGGAAGAAGAAGAAGAAGAAGAUGAUGAUUUUAUGGAUGCUAUAGAAGAAAAGCAGUUAUCAAUAAAUUUACAAAUUAUACAGGAACAAAAUGAAAAUAAUAAAGAAGAAACUCACAUUAAUUUUAUUAUAAGUGAUAUUGAAUUGCAUUGGAAAUAUAAAACUAUAAAACAAAUAUUUAAAACAAUGAAAGAAUAUAAAAAAAAACUACAAUAUGGAAUUGAAAAGGAUAUGAAAUAUAUAAAAAAUAAAUUAAAUAAUGAAAAGGAAUUAAAAAAUUAUAAAAUGUUUAUAUCUGAACAUGCUUUAAGAAGUGUUCAAGAAACAUUAAAAAAUGUAAAAGAUUCUUUGAAUAUUUUAGAUAUAGAAUCGGCUAAAUUAAACAAUGAAAUAAAUGAUAUUGGAAAUGAUAUGAUAAAAAAUACAAACAAAGGGUUGAGUAAUAAUCAUAUUGUAAAACCCAUUUUUUCUGAUACCUCUACAGUAAACCUAAAUGAUGAUAGAAGAAAUCAUAUAGAUACAAAAAAUAUAAAUAAAAAUGAUAAUAUUCUUAAUAAUGGUUUAAAUGAUACUCUUCCUAAAUUGCAUGGUCAAAAACAUUCAUAUUCAAAAUAUUUCUUUAAUUGUUAUAUUAAAAGCGCAUCAUUAGCAUUUUGGCAAAAAAAAAAAAUAUUUUCCAAAAUACAAGUAAGUAAUAUUUUCUAUGAAAAUAAGAUUUAUCUGAAUUUUGAUCAGAAAAUGUUUUUAAAUAUUGAAAAGGGUAUUAUAUCUAUGAAUAAUAAAAAUAUAAUUUCUAAUAAUAUUAAUGAUUAUAAUUAUGAUUUAUUUGUUUUCAAUAAAAAUAAAAAACUUAGUGUAACAGAUAUCGAUAAACAUUAUAAAGAAGAAAAUAUAGAAAAUACAAAAUAUAUUACUGAAAGAAAAAAUAGUAAAGAUAUUUUAAAUUAUAUAAAUGUAGAUAAUUUAGAAGAGGAAAUUAAGAAAAAAAAAAGAAAAAAGAACAAUGAAAAUAAAAAAGAUUUAUUUGUUGGAAAAAUAAAGAUAUAUAAUGAUAAAAGAAGUUAUAAUAUAUGUUUGUUAUGUGAGAUUUCAAAAAUAUAUUAUAUUUUUUAUUUGAAUGAUUUAAAAUUAUUUUUAGAAUAUCUAGAUGAUGGUAUUCUAAAUGUUUUUAUUAGCAAGUCAUACAAAAAAGUUGUUCAGGCUGCUCAAACAAAGUACUUUUUAUUUAAUUGUACCUUCAUAGAUCCAAUUGUUAUAAUACCAGAAGAUAAAAAUAUAAUAUAUAAUUAUAGAGGAGAAACAAAAAAUAUUUCAAAAAAUGCUAUAGAUAAUUGUGAUGAUAACAAAGAUAAAGAAAAUAAUAAUAUACCAUAUAUUGAAUCAUAUUUAAAAUUUCAUAUAAAUACUCUUAAAUUGAAAAAUUCAUACACUAUUAAUUGCUCAGAACAAAUUAUAUCAAAACAAAGAAAAGAAAUUGAAGAAGAAAAAGAAAGAAAAAAUAAAAGAAAAAAUAAAAUAAAGAAAAAAGAAAUAAUAAAUAAAACAGAAAAUAGAAAUAAUGAAGAAAUACAUAAAUAUGAAAAAAAUAGUAAUUCAUUAAGUUCUGUUGGUACGUACGAUUUUACCUUAUAUGUUGAUUUAUUAGGUAUAGAAAGUAAGGCUUGUGAAAAUGGAGGAAGUACAAAUAUUAAGGGAGAUAUAUUACACAAAGUUAACAUAAGAUUGUGUUUAAUAAAUAGUAAAGACGGUUUGUAUAUAUAUUUAAAAGGUAAUAAUCUAUACUUGGAUUUAACUGUUUUUCAGUUAGCCUUUUUAUUGGACAUAAUUAAUGAAAACUUUUGCUACAAAGGAUACUUCCCCAUGUGUUUUGUUUGUGAUGAUGACGUAGAUAUAGAAAAAAUGAUAAAUGCAGAAUGGUUUAAAAAGGGUAAUAUUAACUUUAAUAACUUGAAUCUUGAAAGAAAUGCAAAUAAUAAUAUAAACACUAUUGAUAACACUAAUAACAUAGAUAAUCAAGUGAAUUCUAUAAAAAAUGAAGAAAUAAGUAAUGCUUUUUCAGAUAAUAAAGAUUUAACUAAUACAAAAAAUAAACCAUUAAAAAAAAAUGAAAUGAAAUUAUUUGUCUAUAUAAACUUGGAAAGUCUAAAAAUUAAAGCCUCCUUCGAUACUUAUACACCUGUAGCUAUUAUUACAUUUCAAAAUAUAAGUAUAUCAUUUCAUUUAGUCCUUUUGGAUUUUUAUUUCAUUUAUUUUUUUGAUUUAUUUAGUAACUCUUUAUAUAUUGAUGAUGUCAGAAAAAAUUCUAUAAAUUAUUACAAAAGAGUUGCAUAUUGUUGUAUUGAAAACGAAAAUAAAAAAAGAAAUAAAAAAGGAAAAAAAGUAGUUGAUACUGUUAAAAAAAGCUUUAUAAAAAAUGAUAUAGCAGAUGUAAAUAAUAACUACAUUUUUUCAGAUAUUAAAUUUAAAAGAAAUAUAUGCAAUGAUAACAAUGAUAUAGAUAACAGUGAAUGUAACAACAACAGUAAUAGUUGUAAUAUACCUUUUAGUUCUGAUACAGAAAUAAAUAAUUAUAAAAAUUUAUUACUGUAUAUGUUUGAAAAUAAUAUUUUUUUAAAUGAAAAGAAAAAAAACAAAAAACAAAAAGGAAUAAAAAUAAAGAUUAAUUCAUUUAUAGAAGAUUUAUUAUUAAAUAUUGAAUUGGAUGAUGCAUAUAUUUGUUGUUUUUUUAUUGUUUUUUUAGAUAUUUACAAGUUUUUAUCUACUGGUUUUAAUUUAAGCACAUUACAUUUAUACCCUAAACCAUCACCUUAUAUUGUAUCUAACAAACAUGAAAAGAAAAAAAAAAUUAAUAAAGAAAGUGAUAAUUUAAAGAAUGAAUUGGAAAUAAAAGGUAAGAGAAAAAUAAAUUUAAAAAAAGAAGAAAACAAAAUAGAAAAUGACGUAUUUGAUAACAAUAAUAGUCUGGUAUAUAUUAAUGAAAAUGCUAGUCUGAAUAUAAAACAGAAUGAUACUAAUGAAGAAAAUAAAUAUAUUCAUGAGACUGAAGAUGAAAAUGAGUUAGGAAAUGGUGAUGAAGGAGAAAAAAAUAUAAUAAAAAAAAAAAUUAUCAGAAAAAGUAGUAUUUUAGAGCAUUCUAAAUUUAUAAAAGAAAAAAUAAGAAAUGAAAAAAAUCAAGUAGUAACAAAUAUAAAUGAAUUGUUGAAAUUAGAUAAUAAACCAAUUCAUAUAAGUUUUAAAGUAAACAAUGGAAAUUUUAUUAUUUUUACCGAUUUAGAAAAAGUAUCUCAACCCAUAAUAAUGUGGUCUAAUAAUUUUGUUUUUUCUGUUUCUCUUUUAAAUAAAUGUAUAAUUUUUAAAAAAAUAUAUGCUUUAGAUAGCAAAAUAAAUAGAAUUAAUUAUGUGAGUAGUAUAGAAAAUAAUAUGAAGCAUACACCUUGCAAAGAUGUUUCUAAUCCUCUUCUUAAUUAUCAUAAAAAAAAAAUACUGUUAUGUGAUAAUCUAAACGUAAAAGGGGAGGCUUUAUAUGAAUCAGUAGAUACAACGAAAGAAAAUUACAUUUUAAAAACAAAUGUUAUGAAAAAAGAUUCAUCUCCAUUUAUAUCAGUUUUCGAGCUAGAUAUAAAUAUAGGUAAUUUUGAUAUUCGAUUAUCAAAUGAUGAUGUAGAAAUUUUAUUAAAGGCAUCAUCUACUUUAUUUGGUGAUAUACCUAGUUCUUAUACCAAUAUAAAUGUUGGUAAUGUUAUCCCACCUAUAUCAUUUAUACAUACGAAAAUAAAAAAUAAAUUUAUGAGAAACAAUAUAUACUAUAUAAGCAGAAAUACAAAAGAUGUAGAAAUAAAUAGUACAAAUGAAUUAUUUAUAACAAAUAUAAAUAAAUUUAGAAAAAAAAAAAAAAUAAAAAAAAAAGAUGACAAUUUAGAAUGUGUUGAAGUAGAAGAAAAUGAAGAAAAUAAUAAUAGAAAAAAAGAAAAAUUUUAUAAAAAAUGUUUAAAUAAUAAGGAAAAGGAAUCUUUAGAAAAUUUAUCAGAAUCCAGCAAUGUUAUUGAAUCUUUUUCAUAUGCAUUAUCUGAAUAUUCUUCAAGUUCUGAUUCAUUAAAAUCUUCUGAAUCUUCUACAGAAUCUUACAAGUCCAAAACGAUAAAAUCGAAUAAGAGUUUAAAAGAAAAUGAAUUGUUAACUACACAAAAUAAUGAACCAAAUAAUUAUAGAGAUAUUAAAAUAAGUAUUAAACUGCAUAAUGUUAAAUGUACAUUUAUUGAUGAUAUUAGAAAUUCUAUUGUUCCUAUAAUAAGAAUGAUAUUUAGUAUGAAUUUAAGUUUAAUUUUUUAUACUGAUGAAUGUUCAUAUAACAUUAAUGAUUUAAAUUCUAAAGUAGAAUAUUUUAACAACUGUAUAGGUGAAUGGGAACCAUUUCUUGAAAAAUGCAACAUUUCUUUGGAUGUUCAUAAAAUUUUACCUAAUGGUAUAUAUAAUGAAAACAUUGAAUCUAAUAAAUCACCAAUUAGUAUUAUAAAAAUUAAUAGUGUUAAGGCUUUAUGGUUUAAUAUAACUCCACAAUUAAUUAAUUUACUCAUUUUAUUCAUCCCUGUAUUUUCAGAAAAGGUCCUUAAAGGAUUAAAAAAAGAAAAAAAGGAAGUGGAAGAAAAUGAUUUAUCUAAUAAUCGUAUUGAUAAUUUUGCAAAUAUAGGAAAACCUAAUUCAAUAAAUGAGCCUAAUGCUCAUCAGAAUAUUAGUAAUACAGAAAAACACACAGUAGAAACACAAAACAAAAGUUUAUAUGAAAAAAGUUCAUCUGUUUUUAAUUCAUUUCAUUAUGAUAAAGACGAAAAUAACCCAACUGAUUUUAAUUUGGGAGUUUUUAUAAACAAAGAAGAAAAUUAUUCCAAUAAUGAUUAUAUGAAAGAUAAUUCAGUAAUAUAUUAUGUUAAUUUAACUAGUGACUAUUUUUAUGCAUUUGUAAUGCCUGAAACCAAUUUAGAGGAAACAAAAAAAAAGAAAAAUUCAAAUUUAAAAAAUGAAUACAAAAAUAUUUAUGAAAGAAAAAGCUCUACACAUAAAAUAAAUGGAAAAAAAUCUACAGAAAAUAAUUUACAGAAUUCGUAUGAUACAAAUAUAGAUGAAGAAGAAAUAUUUGAUAAUACUAUUAAAAAAGUUCCUGAAGUAUAUGCAAAAAUUAUUGCAACAAAUGAAUUGAUAUCCUUAGAUAAAUUGCUUAUUAAUGAAAUAGCUAACAAUUCUCUAAUUGAAAAAAAAUGCUUAUAUUUGUAUUUGAUUCCUAUUCCCCCAACAAAUAUUGUAAAUAUAAUCCACGAUAUGUUUACAGAUAUAAGUAAAAGGGAUAUAGUUUUAGAUUUAAUGAUAACAAAAAACUCAAAAAAAACAAUUGAAAAUUUCCUAUCCAUAAAUCAAUAUAAAGAUAAAAUGAAAAACAGAAAAAUUAUAGAUAAUAGUUUAAAUGAUAAUAAAAGCAGAGAUGAACAAUUAAAUAAAAAUAUUCAGAAAGAAAAUUUAUCUAAUUCAAGAGUAGAAUACAUCAAUUAUAAGAAAAAUAAUUGCAAUAAUAAAUACGAUGGAGAAAGUUUAGGUCAAGAAACUUUUAUAAUAAAUGAAUCACUUACUACAGAGAAUGAACAAAAAGAUAUAUUUGAUAAAACAAAAGAAGAGAAACUAACAGAAAAAGAAAAAACAGAAGAUGAAGAAUUAGAAGAUUCAGAAAGUGGAGAUAUAGAAUACUCAGAAGAAAUAGAAAGAGAUAUUUUAGAGAAGGAAAAUGAAAGCUACUCUGAUGAAUAUUACGAAGAUUAUGAAGUUGAAGAUUCUGACUCCACUGAAGAUAAAAAAAGUAGUGAUAAUAAUUAUUAUUUUAAGUAUAAUAAAAAAAAAAAGGAUUUGGAGAACUCUAUUUUCUCAUCUAGUAAAUUUAUAGGUCCCUUCUUAAAAAAUACUCAGUGUGUAAUUAUAAAUUUAAUUAAGAAUAGCUGCACUUCAUUAACGACAUCAUUAAACAAUAGCAGUGUUAUUCAUAUAAUGAAACCUUGUGAUUUUAUUUUUGAGGAAAAACCAAGAGAUAAUUUGCUAAAUAAAAAAAAUGAGAGUUCAAAAACUUUAAACGAAAAAAGCAACGGAUUUUUGAAUAAUAAAGAUGUAACAUUAAAAGAAAAAAAUAUUGAUGAAGUAAAUAAAUUGGACAUAUUUAAUGAAAAAUUGAUUAAACAAACAUAUUUAGCACGCAAGUAUAGAUUAAAGAAUAAUUAUUUGCCACAAACGUCACUGGUAGAAACUGUGUGUGAAAUAAUAUCUCCACUACCUAAUUAUAAAAUAUUGUUUAUGUCAUCAACAGUUAGAAUUAUAAAUAAAUGUGGUAUUCCUUUAGAAUUUUGUUUUUUUGAUGGAACAAGAAACCCUAUUUUAUUAACAUCAUUAGAGAAUAGAACAAUACCUAUAAAUACUUUAUACCCCAAUCAUAAUGAUUCUUUUAAAAAUUAUAAAGUAUCUAAUAGCUUAAACAUAAUUCCUAAUAUAAAAUUAAAACAAAAAAAUAAUAAUUUAAGUUUUACUGUAAUUUUAAAUCAUGAAUAUUUGUUGUCAACACCUGAGUGUGCAUUUUGUGGGCCAUCUCAUGUUUAUUUAUCUUUUAAACCAAUAAAUGUAAUAAAUGAAGAAAAUGAUUAUUAUGAUAUAGUUAGUAGAAACGUAAAUGAUAAAGAAAAUAAUAAUAACUCUGAUAGUUUAUUAAAAUAUGAAAAGAAUGAAGAGGAAUUAAUAGAACCAUUUAAUGCCACCAAUGAAAAUGGAUGGUCGGACAUUUUCAGUUCAGAUGUAGCUCAAGGAACUUACGUAAAGAAAUGCAAGUAUAAAGAUAACACUUACUUAUAUUUUCUAGUUAAAAUUGAAAAUAAAAUAAGUGCCUUACCAGCUGAAAAAAAUUUAAAAAUUAUUACAAUUUACCCUCAUGUUAGUAUAGUUAAUACUAUUCCUGCAUUAGUAGAUAUUAUUAUAACUUCUGAAGUUACAGAAGAACAGCAAAAUGAUUAUAUAUACGAAGAAAAAAAUAAGAUAGACAUGUUAAAAAAUAAAAAAGCGAAGCUAUUAAGGAAGCAUGAAGAAAUAAGUGCAUUUUUAAAGAAUAAUAAAAGUUUUAUGAAGUCAAAUAAUUCAUAUAAAUCAUCUAAUGAUAAUUCAUUAGGAAAUGGGCAAUAUAAUAAUGAACGUAUGUACGUGCAAGAAUUAAGUAGAAUUGAGAGAGAUAUUUUUAAUAUUGAUGAAGAAAUAAAAUCUAAGAAAAAAGAAUUAUCAUCUCCAUUAAAUAAAGGAUAUGUAAACAAAAGAUUAAAUCCAUUUUCAAUAUUUUACAUAUAUGAAAUAAAAAAAUAUAAUUGCUUAAAUUUAAAGAUGAAAAUUGGAAAUUCUCAGUGUGAAUGGUCUGAAAAAAUUUACCUUGUAGAAAACGAUGAAGAGUCAGUCACUAGAUUUUCUUUAAAUUUUAAGAGAUUUGCAUCAGUAGAAGUAGAAAUAAUUAAAAACUUUAAUGGAUAUUUUAAUUCUUUAAGUAGUAUUUUAGGAAAUAAGCAAUUAUAUAUUUUUUCUUUGCCAAGAUGUUUUAUUGAUAGAACAGGUUUGGGUAUUAAAGCCACAAAUUCAAAUAAGUAUUAUCCUAUAAUUAAUGGAAUAACAUUAUUAGGAGAUAACUCUCAAAUAGAUUUAUUAUUACCACACAAAAGUUGUAAUAACGAACUUAAAAAAACAAGUAAAACUUCCAAAAGAAACUAUGAAGAAAAUACAUGUAGUGACUAUAAUGAUAUAUUUAAUGACUAUAAUUAUCCAUCUUCUUAUGAUAAUAAUUUAAUACUAUUUAAGGCAACCUUACCCCCAAUAGGUAGUUAUACAGAAACUAAUGUAAUGUGUAAAAAUUUUUUUUAUACUUUUUGUUUAAAUACAGAAAAAAUAAAAACAACAUGCAUACCUUAUAUAAUUAGUAGAAUAAUUACCAUUGUUCCUCAAUUUAUAAUUAGCAAUAAACUAAACUACCCAUUAUUGAUUAAACAAUAUCAAACAGAUAAAAUACAAGGAAUUAAACAAAAUGAUACAUCUCCUUUAUAUUUUUCAAGAAAACAAAAUAUUUUAUUAUUUGAAUUUAAAACGUUGGAACCUAUAAAUACAAAAGAUAAGAGCAAUUUUUUAAGUGCUAAUAAAUUUUUGACAAAUUAUAAUAAAUACUAUAAGUUAAAUAAAAAUAUAUAUUGGUCAUCUGUUAUAUUUCCUAGUGAAAAAUUUGUAGGAACAAAUUUUAUGGUUAUAAAAAGUGAAGAAAAUGAAAAAUCCGAUGUAUAUGUUAUUACAUGUAUUCCAGAUAAGGGAACAAAAAAUAUAAUUAUUGAAAAGCUAGAGAAUCAGAAAAAAGGAUUUCUUGCAUAUAAUUAUUCAAGUUUAACUAAAUAUUUGAAAAUAAAAACUUUUCAUGAUGAUACACAAAAUUUGAAAAUAGAUGAGGAAGAAAAAUGUCUAGAAAAAAAUAUGUUUUUAAGUAAUUUUUUAAAAUCGACUGAUAUGGAACAUUAUUUUAAUAUAGAAUACAACAAGCAUAGUUAUUUAGGAUGGGUAAAUCCAUUUAUAUAUAUUACAAGAAAUGUUCAAAUUGAAAUAGUUUUGCAUGAUAUGAAAGUGAUUCCUAAAUCACCAUUUGUUUUAAAAUUUGAUACAUUUAAUUAUUCUCAAAAAACUUACUAUAUCAAUUAUUAUAAUAUGUCUUUCAUUAUUUCCAUCGAAUAUUUAGAAGAUCUGAUAACUAUUAAAUUAACUCAUAAAAUUAAUAUAACAAAAAAUGUAUUUGAUAAUUCUUUUCUUUAUAUGGAUAUGAAAAAUUCUUCCAAGAAUAUUUAUAAUAAUAUUGAUAAUACUUUAAUUAAAUAUGCAUAUAAUGAAAUAGAAUGUAUAGAGAAAUACGAUUUUAAAAAAAAUUAUUGUGAAGGAAUGGAAAUUAUUCCUUCUACACCUUCAAAUGGGGUGACACAUAUAAAAAAUAGUAACACACAAAAAAAAAUUAUAGAACACAAUGAAUAUAAUUUUAUAAAAAAUACAAAUAAAAAUCAUAAUAUGAAUCCUUAUAUAAACAAAUAUGAGUCAGUUAAAGUGGUAAGUAGUACAUAUAAAAAUGUUCAUAUAAUUAUUAAUGUAACUCAAAUUGGAGUAAGUAUAAUAUCUAAUAUAUUAAAAGAGGAAGUAUUUUUUAUUGAACUUUCAAAAUUAUGUGCACUUUUUUAUAUGAAAAAUGAAGAAGAAGUAAUAGACAUCAAAAUAACAGAUGUUCAAAUAGAUUGCCAAUUAGAAUCUUGCGAAAAAUGUGUGUUAUUAGCAAAUAGAGGAAUUAAUACGAACUCUAAUAAAGUAAAUAGUGAAAAUGACAUAAGAAAAAUUAAUAGUUAUGAAAAUACUCAGGAAGAGAAAAAAAAUUUCUUAAAUCCAUCUUAUGAUAAUAAAAUAACUCAAAAUAAUGCAAUUAAUAAAAAUAUCAAUGCAAAUGAAGAAAAAAUAUUUUUAAAUAUAUAUGUAGAAAGAUCUUUUAUAUCUCAUAAUGAUGUUAUAUUUAAAAAAAUACAAGUAGCUCUAGAUGAUGUAGAAAUUGAAAUGGAUGCAGAAACUCUAAACGGAAUAAAUUUAUUGAUAGCAGAAUAUAUUGAGAGUAUAAAUGUAGUUCAGAAAAAAAAUUUGCUUUACGAAGAAAUACAAAAGUGGGCAGUUCUACCAAUAUAUGUAAACUAUAGACCUCCGGAAAUUCCAUUAGCUAUAAAUAUACAAUAUAUGCAAAUUGAGAAAUUCACAUUAAUAGUAUGGUGUUCCUUUUUAUUAGACAAAAUGCACAUGAUGAGUGAUUUACUUAGAAUAGGUUUAAGAAUAUUGAUGGUGUCAGGAAAAUUAGAAUUAUUAGGUGCUCCAGUUACAUUAAAUCAGGAAAUUUUCAAUAACAUUCGUGUCAGUAUCAAAUCAUUUUAUGCAUUAUUAAAAGAUAAAUAUAGCCAUUCUAUAUUAGCUUGUUUAGGAUUUAUAGUGGGAUAUAGUAGUUUAAUAAAUAUACCUAAAAUACCUUUAGAAAUAGGAAGAAAUACUAUAGGGUUAGCUGUGUAUGCAGUUGAUAAUAUUAGUGUUGGGAUAGGAAGUUUUUUGUCUAAUUUAACGUUUGACUCUGAGUACAUUAAUAGAAGACAAAAAGAAAGAAAUUUUAAGAGUAAUACAAAUAUGAAAGAAGGUUUGUUAAAUGCAGUGAAAAAUAUUGGAGAAGGAGUAUUAAGCUUAUCUAAUAUAGUAACAAAACCAAUAGAGGGUGCUCAAAAAGAAGGGUUUGGAGGUUUUUUUAAAGGGAUAGGUAAAGGUGUUGCAGGAUCUUUAGUAAAACCAUUAGAUAAAGUAGGUCAAGCAGUCUCCGAUGUUACAAGAGGAAUAAAAGCAGAAGUGUCAAAGCCUAUAGGAGGGCAUAAAUAUAAAACUAAAAGACAUAGAAAACCAAGAAUGUUAUGGGGAGAAUAUGGAAAAUUAAAAGAAUAUAAUUUAAAUGAAGCAGAAUUAAGAGAAUGCUUAGGUUUGAAAUUUUCUAAAAAUAUUAUGAAAUGCUUAACUGUACAUAAACAAGAAAAUCAUCCUCCAUCACAUUAUGCUUUGUUGUUAUACCCUAAAGUAAUUAUUUAUGCAAAUUUAUAUGCUAAUACUAAGAAUAGUGAAUAUUCUAAUGAUAAAAAAAGUGACAUUGUUAUUUGGUCUAUUAAAAUUGAAGAUAUUAAUGAAAUAAGAGCUUCUAGUCAUGGUAUUAUUGUAAAAGCUAGUAAUAACUCGAAUAUUGUUUAUAAAAUUCCAUGUAAUAAUGCUUUUUUAAUUAAUAAAAUAUAUGGAGAACUUCAUAACUCAAAAAGUUCCAUUAAUUCUACUAUUAUAUUAGGAGAUAAUAAUUAUUCUUUAUAUAAAUAUUUGUAA